AUGUUUUCCAUUGGUUAUAAUCGUUGUUAUUUUGAAUCUGAUAUAUUUCUUCCUUCAGCUACAAAAAAACGAUAUGUUCUUGAAAAAAAUUCACCACAAACACAACAUACAGGUGAAUAUAAUACAUUACAAUAUACAUUUCGACCAAUAACACCACCACAUAUUAAUCAACAACAUCAAAAUGGACAUACUAAUACAUUUAAUAAACAAUCACGUAUAUAUUAUUCUGAUACUGAACAAACACCAAUUACUUUAUCUAAACGAGAUAAACGACAACAACAAAAUUUAUCUUCAAUUCAAAGAAAUUAUGAUUCAUCUCCAAAUAGUGAAAUAGAUAUUGUUAUGGAUAAAUUAGGUGGUAAUACAAAAGAAAAUAAUGAUUUAGAAGCUGGAAUACAACCACCAAAAAAAUCUAAAAGACGUCAUUUAUUAAAUAAUCUAUUUGAUUUUUUAGCAAUAGCUGCUACAUGUCUUAUUUUUGGACUUAUUUAUUUAUUAAUUAAACCAGUAUCAAGAGGUUUCUAUUGUGAUGAUAAAUCAAUUCAAUAUCCAUAUAAACCAGAUACAAUUCCUAUGUGGUUACUUGGAGUUUAUGGAGGUAUUGGUCCUGUUGUUAUUUUUCUUAUGGUGGAAAUAUGGGUAGUACGUCCAUUUCAUUGUGGUCGUCGAUCACAUAAAAGUACAUUAAAACGACGACAAAUUGAUUAUAUUAAAACAAUUUUUCAAACAAUAUUUCUAUUUGGACUUGGUAUUGCUAUUUGUUUUUUUAUUACUGAAGUUGGUACAAUUGGUCGAUUACGACCAUAUUAUAUAACUAUUUGUAAUCCUGUAUGGGCUUAUAUUCAAUGUACAAAGACAUUACAAACAGCAAGUGGUCCAUUGGUUAUUUCACAAUAUAUUACAAAUCAUUAUUGUAAUUCAACUGCACCUACAAAAGAUCUUCAAGAAGCAAGAUUAUCAUUUCCAUCAGGCCAUGCAAGUUAUUCAACAUAUGCAUUUAUCUUUUUAUUUGUUUAUUUUGAAGCACGUCUUGUUUGUCCACGUAUUCAAUUUCUUAAACCAUUUCUUCAAUGUUUAUGUAUUGCAAUAGCAUUUUUUACAUGUUUAUCACGUGUUACAGAUAAUAAACAUCAUGCAACGGAUGUUAUUGGUGGAGCAAUAAUUGGUUUUUGUAUUGCAGUUUUUGCAGCAGUACGUGUUGGUACAUAUUUAUGGAGUUUUAGUGUUUAUUGUGAAACAGUUGAUGAAACAAAAAAAGAACGUUUACCAGAAAAUGAACGUGUUCCUAUACCAGGUAUUGAAACAAAACAAAGUGGUGCAUUACGUUCAAAUAAUCAAAUGCAAUUAGAAAGUAUUCAACAUCAACGUCAACCACCACCUAUAGUACAUACUCGUAAUAAUAUGAAACCAUAUUAUGAUAAUGGUGUAACUGUAUCAGAACAGAAACAUACUUCAAAUGCUAUAUUUCAUGGAGGACGACGCGUGUCACCAAAUGUAGCAUAUGAAGGAGCAAAUAAUUAA